AUGGGAUUGAAAUGUCAGUAAUGCAUGCUUGUGUAUUGAAGAAACCAGUCAUCAUUGGGACAAUAGCACUGUAUUUUGGCCUCAGAUUGAUUUAAUACAGCCUAGAUUGUUACUUUUUCAUAACAUCAAUUAACAUCGCUAAAUUAUUUGACCCUACAUCUGACAGAAAACAGCCAGCGGCCAGCCAGAAGACCAACCCGUCUAAGAGGCACCGUGACCGUCUGAAUGCAGAGCUGGACCGGCUGGCCAGUCUCCUACCCUUCACCCCAGACAUCAUCUCCAAACUGGACAAGCUCUCCGUGCUGCGCCUCAGCGUCAGCUACCUCCGGGUCAAAAGCUUCUUUCAAGGUAUGGACAUCACAGCGUCCCCAUGUGGUGCAGUUACACCCUAUACAGUCUCUCGUGACAGCAGUUACACCCUAUCGCGACAGCGCGCACACGAGAUUUGUCCCUGA